GAGACUGUUGUGUCCCAUAUGUGAGGAAAAAAAGCAAAGCAGAUCACACACACAAACAGUUGCCUGGUCCAGUCUGCUCUCCGGAUUAUCCAAGCGCUGCUAUCAGAUGGGAUGGAGGAUAUGCUGGCAUGAAGAGGGCUAUCGCACCAUCCGUGCAAGUGCAUGCCAGUGAUGGACUUCAAGCCAACAGAGGCUAACGCUGGCAGGCAUUCACACAACCGCAUUCCUCUUCACUAAGACCAGCUCCACAGAAUGCUGAGUCCCAUUGUCCCCUAUAGCUUAUUCAAGAUGCACUGGAACCCAGAGCAUGCCCAGUCUCUCAGCCAGUGGCCUGAGCAACACCUGGAUGUCUCCUCCACCACCUCCUCACCGGCACACAAGUCGGAAUUCUAUUCCAGCCGUGGCCACAGCUCCUACAACUACUCUUGGGCCAACGAUGACAUCUCCGCCCUCACAGCUUCCAAUCUGUUGAAGCGCUAUGCUGAGAAAUACACCAGCGGACUGGGUUCAACGUUUGAGCGGACACCUCCUGUGGGCACCUACCCAGAGCAGAGUGCCUUUGGGGGUCUCAGUAGCCAGAAGACUGAACUGGAAGCCUGGCCGCUGACACAAACCUCUGAUGGCUCCUACUCCCUUGUGCCCCCUGGAGGCCACGAGAGCCUGUCCACUUCCAAGACUGUGGCCACGGGCGCAGGCCCUGCCAGGAUUGGCAGUGUGUCAGUGGUGAACAGCAACCUCUCAGACUCCGGCUACAGUGGCGGUAGCUCCUGCAGCGGCUCCAAUGACUACCCCUCCAGCUACAACGGCACCUAUCUCUCGUCUGCAUACUGCCCCCAACCCAGUGCAGCACUUCCUCCUGCCUCCCUUCAUACACUUCAAUCCACCCCCGCUGUGGUACCCAGUUAUAGUCCGACCACACCUGUCUAUAGCUACCCGCCCAGCACAUAUUCUCCCCAGAACAGCCUUCCCCCCAGCUAUAGCCACCCCUCUGCAACAUACUUACCCUCAUGUCUGCCAGAACCCACUCCUGUUCCUCCUAGGCCCUCGGUGGUAGGUAGCAAUUACAGUUACCAGACCACCAACAUUGGCCCAUCCGAGUCUGUUGGGCUGUUGAAAAGAAAAGCAUUUCAGAUGGCUGUAGAAGGGAAUGAAGUUGGGGACAGCACUUGUUACAAGAAAUACAGCUACGAUGCGCAGAAAGCCGGUGAAAACUCACCAUACAGUGUGAGUGACAAAGUGCAUUGCCACGGAAACAGAUUCAGCAGUUCAGUAAGCAAUACAGAGCCACAAAAGUUUAAACCUAGCAAACCCUCCUCGCAGCCCCUGCUAUCUCCCCAGUAUGGGCCAGCUGGUGAGUACAGUCCUCCUGCUGGAAUGACAGGAGAUAACGCAGCAGGGGAGCAGGCCUUGACCCAACAACAACAGCAGCAACAGAAACAGUGCUCUGAGGCCCACAAAGCUUCUUCAUUGUGUUGUCCAACUGUUAAAACUCUGAAGAGUCCAGACCCCCAAGUGUUGGACCUGAUUGACGAGGAGAUUUUGGACUGCAGCCCAGCCCUAAACUGGGGCGAGUUGGCUGGCCUCACUCACGUAAAGGCUGCUUUGGAAGAGGACCUCCUGUGGCCUGUCCUGAGGCCCAGUCAAGUGAUGCAGCCACCAAGAAGCAUCCUACUGUUUGGCCCCCGUGGAGGGGGUAAAUCCACCUUGACUCAUUCUCUGGCUUCACAAAUCGGAGCUUCCCUCUAUCGACUGAGCGGCGCCUUGUUGGCUUUGAAAGGAAAGGCGGAGGUAGAACACAUUCUGGGAUCUGUGUUGGAGGUGGCGGGUGCACGGCAGCCAUCAGUGGUACUGCUUAGCCAAGUGGAAACCAUGGAGGGAGAGGGCCUGAGACAGACACUGCGCACCUUCUUGGAGAACGCCCAUAUGAGCACGGGUUUGGUGAUUGUCGUAUGCACCACCGGAAGACCGGAUCUACUGCAAGACGCGUUUCAUCGUAGCUUCACCAAACGCUACCAUGUCGGCCUGCCAGAUGCGUGUAUGCGUCGGGAGGUGCUGUUGCAAGCUCUUUCGCCUCAGGGCUACAGUCUGAGUCAGCGGGAGCUGAGCGCGGUGUCAAAGCGUACUGAAGGCUAUUCUGUGUGGGAGCUCCUGCAGCUCAGUCAGGAGGCGCUCUCCUCAGCAUCAGCCCCCACUGGGGCAAGACAUGGCAAAGCCCCAACCUUCACAGACUUUGAGAAUGCCUUCUGCAAGGUGCGCCCACACAACACCACAAAAGAGCCUGAUACUUGUAUAGAAUGGAGCAAAAUAUAUAGCCACUAGUGAGUCAGCCAGUCACUGUACUAUGACCCCACUAUUUGAAUGUUUGGUUCAUAUUUUUUGUUAUUGCAAAUCAUGCAGCCAAAAGAGCCAGCAAGUAUGAGAAAUCCCCCAUGUAAGAGGAAGCUGAAAACACAUUCAUUUGACUGGCAUUGGUUAGCUAUGAAGAUCCACAAUAUUUCCUUUUUACCCCAAAAGAAAAGAAAUGUGAACUGACCUUGAUGAGUAGGUAGCUUCUAAUGGAAAAAUCAAAUAAUUACUUGGAAACUCAGAUUCCGUUUCGCUCGCGUCCAGAACAAAAUCAAUGAUUUGUUGCUAGGUGACGUGGUCCAAGGUAAUGGAUAAUCAGGGUUUGGUAAAUCCUUACAUUUGUCUGCUCUCAGGAUUCUCUUUAUUGCCAGUCCAUUUCCAUGUACACGUCCAAACUCAUGUUCUUUGCUUUCAACAACAUUCUUUGACCAAAAACAUGACAAGCCAAAUGUUCUAUCCUUCCAAUCAAACCGAAUGGCUGAAGUCCCAAUGCUAGCUAGCUACUCGCCAAAUACUCAAGUUACUUCAUCCAAUGAGAAGUACUUCACAUGUCUCAUUCAAUGACUUCACCUCAACACUCAUGCUUAAAUAAGAUUUUUAAAAAAUUGCUUUAUUCCUCCUGACCUUCUGUCCUUAAACUUCAUAGCCACCACAGUGAAUGACAAGCACAUUCCUCCUCAACUGCUGCGGUCUCACCUGCACACCACGUCUUUGUCUGUUUCUUUUCUGUCGUCUUGUUUGAUAUGCUCAGGAAGAAUGUCUUUACCUCAGAAAUUAGAAAGAAAGAAUGUAUGUAAUCUUUGGGGUCUCAAUGGUGAAAAGCGGGGAGAAAGCUUCUUAAAAGACAUUGUAGCUGGGCUUUUAUCCUCAGGAGAGAAACUUGAAUAUGGUACAAGAGUCACAUUGAAUGUAAUUCAGGUAUUUCAAAGGAUAUUUGAUGCCAUAAAUCCAUUUAUCGUUUUAUAUAUAUAUAUAAAAAAUAUAUGAUUGUUCUUUCUUUUAGACCACCACCCUUAUCUUAUUGUAGUUGAUGUUGGGAUAGUUGUUGUCUUUAAGAAAUACUACGUAAUGUAGGAUACAGAAGUUCAUUGUUGUUGCACAAACUGCUUUUUAUUUAAGUUUACAAUUGAAAAAAUUACAUCAUGUAUCUUAGCUUUCAUAAAACCCCAAAGUAUUUCCAGUGAGUGGAUGUUGGACGUCAAUCUAACAUAUGUAGAUCAUGCUAUCACACUUCAUUUCAUUUAUGUUAGCACUCUGAGAAGCCAGGCAUCCAUUCAUCUAUACAUUUUUAAUAGAAUUUGUCCUCAUUAAGGUUGUAGGUGAGCCAGUUCUCUUUGACAACAGAAUCAGUUUACACCCUGGACGUUUCGCCAGUCAAUCACAGAGCACAUAGUGACAGCCGCGCCCACUCAUAUUCACACCAAUGGACAAUUUAGAGGUCUAAGAUGACUUUUGGUGAGAGAAGAGGAAAACAGAGUGCUUCAAUGAAUGAACAUAAAUAUGGGUCACAUCCAUUAUUCAAUUAUUGUUAUCACUCAUAAUCAGCAAUCAAUAAUGGGCUGGACUAAAAUCCCAUGUAGACAAAAUUUGUGGUACCCCUCUGUAAAUGAGAAUAAAUUAAUAAUAGUAAUAAUAAUAAUAAUCGCCCACGACCCCCGUGGGGACAAGGGGUACAGAACGUCUGAAUUAAACAUGUCAUCACAGGGACCUCAAGCUGCUUGGAGAUGGUCUCAUAGACUUGACCUUUAACCUAUUUGUCCAUUUUCCCCAGUGUCCUAAAACGGGUUUUCAACUGGUUUUGUCUAAGCGACCACCAUUAUAACCUAGAAGCAACUCGCGGACCAAGUCAAGUCAAGUUUAUUUGUAUAGCCCUAAAUCACAAGCAGUCUCAAAGGGCUUCACAUAGACAGAAAUGCUAAUGGGACGUCAAACGCUGCGCGUUCGCUUCUCUUCCGGGGGGGAGUUGCUAAUGGGACGUCAAACGCUUUGUGUGGCGUGCUCUAUCUAGUGUGGAAACUGAGAAGCUGAGCUCAAGCUUCUUGUGCGGGCCAUAUUCAAUUCUGUUUUCAGAAUUUGCUGCGGGCCAAUAAAAACUGGACCGCGGGCCGCAGUUGGCCUGCGGGUCGUAGUUUGGACACCCCUAUUCUAGAGGGAAGGAUCGGCAACAAAAAAGUCUCGAUCCCCACUGAGGCUCCACUUAGACCUCAGCACUUCCAGUAGCGUAUGGUCUACGGACAUGAAGCCUCCAUGAGGCCACAUCUUGCCGUGAUAUAUUGAAUUCUGUGUCUCCAGUAAAAAUACUGGACAUAACAUGUCACUAACCGGCACAGUGACGAGUUGUCAUCCUUUAACUUGAUUUGCAAGUUUGAAAACAAAUAUGAUCCUAAUUCGAGGACACACCUUGUGUCUAAUGAUUUUUAGGCUUUACUAGGGGUACCAUUGUUUUUGUCUCAGCCCAUUUCAUCAGUUCAAAUGCAACACUUCAAAAGCAAUGUCUGAUUUUGGUUAAUUUUCAUUGAAUUUUGAUUUAUCAUACUUUUAUGUUUUCCCGAUUUAUUUAUUAUUAUUAUUAUUUUCAUUAGUAGAGGGUUACCAACCGUUUUUUAUCUUCUCCCCAACCACCCAAGCAAGCAUCCUUCACCUUCCCUGGAAAUGCUGUGAUUGAUUUUUAGUCAGUCCAAUGCAACGCUUGGUCAAUCACAGUGACCAUCUUGCAUAGUGGCGAGUACAACAAGUCAACUUUGUAAUUAUUUAUGAAAUAUACUACAUGAUGACUCGUAACAAGAGCAGUUUGUCCAACAAGAAAAUGGUUUGACUUUAUACGCUUUCUUUGCAUUCAUAAAGUUUUUCUUGUAUAAUUACAAUUUCUACCUCAUUUGUUUGCGACAUAGUGUACAUGAAAGUAUUUAUUUCAUGUUUUUUUUUUUAUGUUGCUGAAUUUUGGAAUUGAUAAUGUUCAUAAACUGUAAUGGUCUACCUCAGAAAAAAGACUGUAUUUUAAAAGAAGAGUAUCACACAAAUAUUAAACAGAAUCUGUCAAUAUUGCACACCGUGGGGUGAUUUGCUUAUUUUUGUGACCUUGACCUUUGUGAUGCAUCAUGUUGCGGUCAAGCAUAUCAAUGUACCGUAAUUUCCGGACUAUAAACCGCACCGGAUUAUAAACCGCACCAGCUAAAAUUCAGGGAUAUUUUAGGUUUUUUCUUAUAUAAGCCGAACCGGACUAUAAACCGCACGUGCACACGCGUUUUUAACAAACAAAGACAGUUCACAGAAAACCUUUUUAAAGUUUUAAUAACAUACUUUCACAUGUCUUUCUAAACAUUGCCUGUGACGCAGCAGUAGUACCGCAGCAACACGGAAGUGUGCACGCGAGUUAUUAACAAAGCAAGACUGGACACAGAAAGCUUUUUUAAAGUUUUAAUAACCUACCUUAACAUUUCUUUCCAAACACUGCCUGUGACGCGUCAGUAAUACCGCAGCAACACGGAAAUAACACAAGACUAAUAAGGCUGGAUGAAAAAAAACAUACCGGUAAAAGUCACUGAGACGCGGCGGUAACACAGCACCAACAGGGCUCGUUAAGAACAUACCAGUAAAAGUAAAAAAAAAAAGAGCUUCAUCGUCUUCAUCUUCCUUCUGUGCAUUGAAACCAUCGAACACUCAUUCACUUCACCAGAACGCAACAAUAUAAUUACGUGAGCUCUUUGCAUAAACCUCGAUGCAAAGAAACUCAUCUUUUUGGGUACAGGCUACAAGGAGUAUAUAUUACAAAGGAGACUUUAUACUUAAUUGUGAUCAUCAUUCAUCCAUUUUAUUUUAUUACUCAGGUAUUUUCAAAGCAAAUGAAUAUUGUUGCAUUUAUUAAUUUGCUUUAACAUGACAGCGCAAUAUAAUUAAAAGCUGACACGAUAGCAAUGUCAAACGUGUUCAUUUAAGAAAAAGCCACACACGUUUUGUGAUCAAAUCUUUCACAACGAGAAUGAUUUGAGUGAAUUGAUUUUACAAUUUUUAUCCCCCCUCCCCACCAUCUGUCACUUUGCCUGGGAGAAAAGGAGCCUUCAGAACUGAAAUUUCUUCUCAAUUAUUCAUUCAAAUCAAUUCACUCAAAUCAUUCUCAUUAAGAAAGAUUUGAUCACAAAACGUUUCCGUCUGUACGACUGGUCUUUGAAUGCACUUGCUUCAAUGGCAGAACGCGGAUGAAUUUAAAGACAUCAAAUGAGAAUAAUCCUUUAUAAAAAUUAAAAUUGACUGACGCAAACGUGAGUUCUUCGUGUUUUUAUUGAGAACAACAUAGUGCUGACGCCGUACGACGCCGUACGACAUCGGUUUUUCGGUAUAAUUCGGUAUAAUUCGAGGUAGACCACCCUCACCCAAAGUUAAGGUUUCAUGGAAAUAUUAUUGUCAUAAUUGUCUGGACCAUAUAUAAUAAUUGUUUAAUGGUAGUUAUUGAUAGAUCUUAAAGAUGUCAAGUUAUAGGUACCGUAUUUUCCGCCCUAAAAGGCGCACCUAAAAACCUAAAUUUUAUCAAAAGUCAACAGUGCGCCUUAUAGUCCGGUGCGCCUUAUAUAUGGAUCAAGUGAUGAAUUUGUUGAUCCAUACUGGUUGUACACAGUGCUCUGCCAAAAUGUUUUAGUACGUUUUAGUACGACUAGUAAAUUACAAGGUCGCAUCGCUUCCCAGCAUUACGGUAACUGUAGUCAGCGGGCGUCACCGAAUAGCUGUUGUACCCGCGAGGCUAUUUCAUGUCAAAAUAGGCUGCUCUGUUAAUGUUUCGAGUAAAUCUACGGAUCGAUAUGGAAGGGAAACAUAGGUAAGUAGUACCAAUGCGUUAGAUCGAACUUUAGUCAGUUCUGAUCAUUUUAUAGGAGCUCGUUUGAGAGACGCGAUUGUUUACACUUUGCUGAGGCUCAUGGGAGAUUGCGAGCUGAGGCUCAUGGGUUUUUGCGGAUGGCUAAUGCUAUAACGAUAGCUGCUAUACGCGCAAGGCUAUUUCAUGUCAAAAUAGGCCGCUCUGUUCAUGUUUCGAGUAAAUCUACGGAUCGAUAUGGAAGGGAAACAUAGGUAAGUAGUACCAAUGCGUUAGAUCGAACUUUAGUCAGUUCUGAUCAUUUUAUAGAGCUCGUUUGAGAGACGCGAUUGUUUACACUUUGCUGAGGCUCAUAGGAGAUGGCGAGCUGAGGGUCAUGGGUUUUUGCGGAUGGCUAAUGCUAUAACAAUAGCUGCUAUACGCGCGAGGCUAUUUCAUGUCAAAAUAGGCUGCUCUGUUCAUGUUUCGAGUAAAUCUACGGAUCGAUAUGGAAGGGAAACAUAGGUAAGUAGUACCAAUGCGUUAGAUUGAACUUAAGUCAAUUCCAAUCAUUUUAUAGGAGAUCGUUUGAGAAACGCGAUUGUUUACAGAGGGCUCGUUGGUUAUUGGCUAGUGGGUGCAUACCGCAACCCUAGUCAACCUCAGUUUGUUGCAGUAAAGUUUCUAUUUUAUGCGCCUUAUAGGCCGGUGCGCCUUAUAUAUGGACAAAGUUUUAAAAUGGGCCGUUCAUUGAAGGUGCGCCUUAUACCCCGGUGCGCCUAAUAGGGCGGAAAAUACGGUACAUAAGACUAUGUUGUUCAUGCAUAUAGCACGUUCAUUGUAAGAGGGGAAGAGAUGUUGUGUAUUUUGGGCUAACUCAAAUUCCGUAGUACAAAAACCCCGGAAGUGGGAUGGGCAUUUUGUGUUGUUGUGGUACGCCCUGUGAACGCACUGUGAGUAAGGAAUAAAGCAGUUAUCAUUCA